UUUUUUUAUUACAGGAGGAGAGACGAGCAAAGAAGAAAGUGAGCAAAAAAUAAUAGUCCAGUAACAGGACACCACGCCCCACCACAAACGUUGUAAUCUCUUUCUCUUACUGUGUUCUUAAUUGUGUGUGUCACUACUAUGCCUUGACAUCUAUGGCCACUCACGGGAGGGAACGAAUCUUGAACUCGAGGGAAUUUCAUAGUUUCCCAAUACUUAUUUUCCAUAUCCACAAAAAUACAGCAAAAUAAUAAAUAAAGCCAACUACUAUCAACAAAUUUGUGGCCUUUCUUCUCUUCAACUCAUUAUCAUCUGCAAAUACUUCAUCACUUGCAUAAUUCUCACUAUUGUAUUUUUCCCCUUCCUCUUUUCUUGUCUUUCAGCAGACGAAAAUAAAAAGACUUAGCAACUUGUUUAGGUUUGUAGAUAAAAUCAAAUGGAUCCUCCUCCUCCCAGAUACUUCCCUUUGAGAUGGGAGAGCACAGGAGAUCAAUGGUGGUUUGCUUCUCCAAUAGAUUGGGCUGCUGCCAACGGCCACUACGACUUAGUGAGGGAGCUUCUUUACAUUGACACCAAUCUUCUCAUCAAAUUAACCUCCCUCCCGAGAAUCCGCCGCCUCGAGACCGUCUGGGACGACGACGCCACCUUCGCCGACGUCGCCAAGUGCAGGUCCCAAGUCGCCAGAAAGCUCCUCCUCGGAUGCCAAAACAGAAACGGUCACAAUUCUCUCAUCAGGGCUGGCUAUGGAGGUUGGUUGCUCUACACCGCCGCCUCAGCUGGAGAUAUGGGCUUUGUUAAAGAAUUGCUGCAGAGGGAUCCUCUGCUGGUGUUCGGAGAGGGAGAGUACGGCGUCACUGAUAUGUUUUAUGCGGCGGCCAGGAGCAGGAAUUCCGAGGUCUUCAUGAUCUUGUUUGAUUGUUCUCUCUCCACAAGGGGGCAACCGGGUUUUAAGGCUGAGAUGUUGAAUAGGGCGCUUCAUGCCGCCGCUAGGGGCGGCAAUGUGGGCUUGUUGGCCGAGCUUUUGGGAGAUGACGGCGAUGUUCUCGCUUUUCGGGAUGCCAGAGGCUCCACGCUGCUGCAUACUGCCGCUGGGAGAGGCCAGCUUCAGGUAGUUAGGCAUUUAAUAUCCUCGUAUGAGACCAUGAUCGAGGCCGUGGACAACAGAGGCAACACGGCCUUAAAUAUCGCGGCCUACAGGGGCCAUCUAGCAGUGGUGGAGCUUCUUGCACGCACAAGUCCUAGCACCGCGUCUCUGUCAAACAACUAUGGCGACACGUUUCUUCACAUGGCAGUUUUGGGCUUCGUUGCCCCCGGCUUCAGAAGGCUGGACCGACAGCUAGAGCUCAUGAAACAACUGGUUUCCGGGAGCCUUGUGAGCAUGGAAGAUGUUGUCAACGUCAAGAACAACGAAGGCAGAACUGCCCUCCACAUGGCUGUCAUUGAGAACCUUCAAUCCCAAGUUGUCGAGCUGCUCAUGUCCUUGCGCUAUAUAAAUCUAAACAUACGCGAUGCUGAUGGGAACACGCCCUUAGAUCUUCUCAAGCAGCGCCCGCAGUCAGCCUCUUCUGAGAUUCUGAUCAAACGGCUGAUUGCAGCCGGAGGGAUUGAGAAUUCUAAUGAUCAGACCACAAGAAACGCCCUCGUUUCACAUCUGAGGAGGCAUGGCAUUGGAGGUAGUAGCCCCGGAACCUCUUUCAGAAUCCCGGAUGCUGAGAUAUUACUGCACACUGGGACGGAUGACCUUGGCCCCUCGAGCUGUGAUUUGACUAGCUCCGAGUAUGGAUACUCUGGUGAAAUCGAGCGCGUUGCAUCCACCUCCACCUCCUCAAAAUAUAACAAACUGGCCACCAUCAACAGUGCUGCCAAGCGUUUCAAGAAUCUACUGUUGAAGAAGGCCAGGAAUGGAGAUGCUUCUGAUAUGGAAGACGACUAUUCCAUCGGAUCGUGUAGAUUGAGCUCGAGCAGCAAGAACAGCCCUAUCUCGCUUAGGCAGCAAUUCUCGAAGCAAUCUUCCCUCCCAAACAACAAGAGAAUACAAUCUCUACCAGCCGGUGCUCUUCCAAGCCCAUCCACCAAGAAGAAGUUUGCUGCAGGGCUAACACACGGCGUGCUGCAGCUGCUGCCAAAGUCGUACACUGCCUCCCCUUCGAGCGCCUACUCUGAGUCGUCAUGGCCAUCUCCGCUAUCAGCUGAUAAAGGAAAGAGUCGUUAUCACUCCCCCAACUCGGGCAGCCUUAAAAUGAAGCAGAAGCACGCGUCGUUCAACUUGAGGCUGAUGAACAACUACUUCUGUUUCGGAGCACAAGGCUUGGCCGUGGACAACUCCAUUACCUCGCCACGGCCGAGCCAGAAUCAGCACAGCCUAGCUGUGUAGGUUUGGUUUUGAUCAUUAAUGGAGAAAGAAUACUUUCUUCAUGUGUUUGUAUGACUUUUGGUUAUGGACCAAUAAUUCAUAUUCAUAAUGUAAAUUAUUGAGAGGCUAUCUAUGUAUAGUAUUUAUACCUAAAAAUAAGGUUGGAAAUUUUGCUCGUUGUCA